AUGGCAAAUCAAAGGUGUAACGAUUCUGCACCAAAAGAGACUUCUCUUAACAUGGGUAUUGGAUUAGGCAAAGGAGGUGGCAAUCUCACAAGAAAAUUGGAUCUUGUUGAACAAAUGGAGUUCUUGUUUGUGAAAGUUGUGAGGACCAGAGACUUGCCAAAUACCCGUCAUGAAAUUUAUGUGGAAAUUAAAAUUGGAAACUUGAAAGCAACAACUUGUUUCUUUGAGAACAAGGCAACACCAUCAUCAUCCCAUGCAUUGAACCAAGUGUUUGCUUUUGAGAAGGACAAAAUCCAUGACACAUACUUGGAGGUUUUGGUGAAGAGCAAGAUGGUAGCUUUGAACAUGCCUAAUGCAUUUUUUGGUCGUGUUCAGUUCAGUCUCCGUGAUGUUCCAACGAGGGUCGCACCUGAGUAUUCACUGGCACCCCAAUGGUACAAGCUAGAGGAUCAAAAUGGGAAACAACAUGUUAGAGGAGACAUCAUGUUGUCUUUAUGGAUGGGGACUCAAGUAGAUGAAGAUUUUCCUAAUGCUUGGUGUUCUGAUGCCACAAGCAUGAGUGGUGAUGCUGUUGGUUACACUCGUUCUAAAGUGUAUAUGUCACCUACACUUUGGUACCUUAGAGUCAAUGUGAUUCAAGCACAGGACUUGUUGUUUAGAUUCCCUCCUGAGAGUUCAGAUGUUUUUGUCCAAGUUGAUUUGGGGAACCUACGUUUAAGAACCAGUUUUUCCAAGAGUUUAAACCCAUUAUGGAAUGAGGAUUUGAUGUUUGUCGCACAAGAACCAUUCAGUGACACCCUUGUCCUAAGUGUUGAGCAAGGAACCUUGGCUCAGCAUGUAAGCUUGGGAAGGUGUAUUCUUCGUUUGAAAGAUGUGGAUGAGAGAGUAGAUGGUCAGGAUGCUGAUAGCAGAUGGUAUAACCUUAAUUGGCAUGGAACCAAUGAGACUGAAAGGGAGGUGAAGUUUGCUAGUAAGCUCAACGCAAGGAUCUCUUUGGAUGGUGGGUACCAUGUGAUGGAUGAGCCUAGUGAAUAUUGUAGUGACUUCAGGCCUUCAUCAAGGAAACUUUGGAAUUCUAGCAUUGGUGUUUUGGAGGUGGGAAUUCUGAAGGCAACUGAUUUGGUGCCAAUGAAAUGGGGGACUAGAACUGAUGCCUAUUGUGUUGCUAAAUAUGGACCCAAAUGGGUGCGCACAAGGACUGUUUUUGAUAGCCUCUCACCAAAGUGGAAUGACCAAUAUGUUUGGGAAGUGUUUGAGCCAUUCACUGUCAUCACUAUUGCAGUGUUUGACAACAAUCAGUUGAACGCUAAUAGAAGAGGUGGUCGAGCAAGUGAUGCUAUAAUGGGAAAGAUAAGGAUUCGGGUGUCCACAUUGGACCGUGGCAAAGUCUAUACACAUUCGUAUCCACUUGUAGGUUUGCAACAUUCUGGGGUGAAGAAGAUGGGAGAAGUUCAUUUGGCAUUGAGAUUUUCUUGGUCAUGUAUGUCUUCACUUAGUAUGUUUCAAUCCUAUAUUUCACCUUUGUUUCCUAUACAUCACCAUGUUUUACUCUUGUCUCCUGCAAAGCUUGAUAAUUUAAGAAAUCAAGCUGCUCAUAUUAUAGCAAAUAGGUUGAGUAGGGCAGAACCACCCUUAAAGAAAGAGGUUGUGUAUUAUAUGCUAGAUUCGAGAUCAGACAUGUGGAGCAGGAGAAAAGCAAUAGCAAAUUUCAAUAGGGUCAUGAGUCUUAUUGGUGACUUUAUUGCCUUUUGGAAAUUGUUAGAGCGCAUAAGAGUUUGGAAGGACCCAAUUGCCUCAUUGCUUUUCAACCUUAUGUGCUUUCUUAUACUCUUCUAUCCACAACCCAUGAUGCCCUUUGUGAUUUUCUAUCUUUUUUGGGUUGGGUUGAAGCAUUAUUUCAAGAGGCCUAAGCAUACUUGUCAAAUAGAUGCAACAUUGUCUGGUGCAAAUUUAGCAACUCCUGAAGAUUUAGCUGAAGAACUUGAUGUGUUUCCAACCCAACUUGGAGGUGAACCUUUAAGGAGGAGUUAUGAUAGAUUGAGAAUCAUAGCUAGGAAUACACAAAGAGUGGCUAAUGACUUGGCCACCUUAGGAGAGAGGGUGCAAGCUCUUAGCAAUUGGAGGGAUCCAAGAGCUACAACAAUAUUUUUACUAUUUUGUGUUGUUGGUUUUCUUGUGACAGUUAUUGUUCCUGUCCGUGUUGUCAUCUUCAUUUGGAUCACAUACUAUCUAAGGCAUCCUAGAUUCAGGGGCAUUUUGCCUUCUGUUCCUCAGAACUUCCUCAAGAGAAUGCCCACCAAACAAGCUUUUAUACUGUGA